AUGCGAGUGUUGUACCAAUCAUGGAUUCGCAUAAGCCCUGAAGAUUUGCCGCAGCCGUGCCAACGGCAGAGAGAACCUGCACAGGUCUACACAGGGUUCUGCUCUUCUGCCUUCUUCUGCUGGUACGAUUCUUAGCGGAACGCAGAUCCGAUCCUUCUAUUGAGGACAACUAGGUGUGGCGCGGUUCCCGGUGGCCAGUACGUGAAUAUAAAUGGGCUGAGUUGUGGAUGUAUCGUUCACCUCGUCAUCUACGCUUCAUUCAUGAUGGAUGGGCAAAAAGGAGGAAAUGGUAUGGCCAGACGAAGGAAAGCCAAACGCUCAGCACAUUCAAUCUUUCAAAGCACUAUAAGAUUGUAUGGCUCUAGUCAUCGAAAGCGAUGGGGUCACAGGUUAAGGCCAAGGACCUCCCGAUCUAUAAGAAAACGCCUGAGGCUAGGGCACAAUUGCAAACUGUCCAAUCCUCAAGGGGGUCGCGAUGAUGCUCCAUUGCGAGAGUCAACAGUUCGAUCGAAUAAUGAGCUUGGAGAUUUACCUCCGUUCCCGCCAAUUGGAUACUCUAGGACGCCAGGACGUUCAAGCUCGCAUGCUCCACAGAAACCUUCGUCCACAGCGGAGUCACAUCAGGAACACGAUGUCCCGAAAGGCCAAUCAAUGCGGGGGCCGUUAUUUCCUUUUCUCACGUUCGGGGCAUGCCCUCCCCAAGCCGAUAUUUCUUCUCGUCUUCCUUCGGUCGAACUCAUGUCUUCUCCACCAUCUCCCCCCAUUCCACCACACGUCACGCAAGCCAGGGACACUCAAUGUUCCCUCUGGCAGCCACGAAUUCACUCUUGGCGACAUCAUAGCCGUUCGCGACCUCAUAGCGGUUCUGCCCGUCCCACCACUUCGACGCAUGCAGUGGUAUUCGGUGAUGUAUAUGCAGAGGGGAAACCUGACGUACGUAUUGGAGGUGUGAAGGAUAGCAGCAUCAAACGACCUGGGGUUGAAAGGUAACUUGCCGUGAGGAGGUCGGUGGUCCCGCUAGGUCUGCUGCUCUGAACUAGACUAUCUCAUUAGUGGAUGCCUUCCCGUAGCAUUCAUGGCAAUUCUUAGAUGCAAAGCGGACUUCAAAUGGAUGCACUGCAUUGAGUCUGCAAGAAUUGCUAAACAGAGUUGACGGAGUUGUAGGUUGUUGCAAACCAG